AUGUCAGCGUCACCCCGGCCGACUGGCACAACUCUCCCUAGGGAUAUGUUCACGUUCAUCUGCGGGACCGCCCUCCCGGACUACACGAUCCACUGCUUGGCAAAGAAUGGGCGCACAGUGGUUUUCCAGUCGAAUUUCAAGAAUUCUCUGGGACUUCCCGACACCUACGGUCCUGAAGACUUCACGGUGGAUGUGCGCCUCAAUACCCUUGCGCAUGUCUACGAGACGUUGCAGUCCAUUCAAACUCUGCUAAAUGCUAUUGACGUCGAGAACGCCAACUGGGUGUAUGUUAAUAGGAAACCCAAUGGCGAGCUCCAACUCCUGCCUUGCAGAAAGCCUUUUUACAAAAUGGUGAAAUGCCCGCUCUGGAGUCAGUCGAUUUACGAGCACGAAAUCGAAAUAUCGCGCUGGAACGAUGAUUGCCAGGCCAAUGGCUUCUGGGAUGGAAAGCCAGUCGACAUUUGGUAUGGUUGGGACAAGAACAAGAUGAGGAUUGUCAAUAGGGCUAUGGAAGCAGCCUACGCCGUUCGAGACCUGGACCUCACCUAUGAGGUCUAUGGUCACCUCCUUGACUCUGAUGGCCAUGUCUUGGGUCUUGUAACCGAAGCGACAUGGGGCAGACCUGUUCGCCUCGAAGAUCGAAUACAGGUUUACGAAGCCAUUGCGAAGCUUCAGCGACACUUUUGUCUCUUCUUCUCUAUUGGCGCCGACUGCGUUCUCAUUGCAGGCGGCAAGGUGAGGUUGGCAGACCUCGCUUCGAUCGAGUACGUUCCGGCUGAUGACCGCCACGACUUUGAUCGAAGGGCGGAGAAGGUACACUGGGGACCUUUAGACGACCUCUUCACCGACCUGGAACUUGGUAUCCCAAGAAUGGCGCACUAUCAGUUCACUGUUACGGCUCCCUUACUUUUCCUUCCCACUACACCAUCCCCCGAGCGCCCCAUCACCGCACGGGUAGUCGUUUUCGCGACGUUGUGGAAGCCCUAUUCCGCGUUUGACGACGAUACGGGGGGAGACUUCAAACACCCUAUGGACAUCAACGUUGUUAUUAGCCAAAAGGUCAAUACCUCCAAAGCCAACUUCACAAGUUGCCUCCUCCGGAUAUCGGACCUGACUCGUGGAUGGAUCCUAGCUCGGACGUCUUUCAAGAAUCCAUUGCGACAGGAACGGCCAUCCAUACAGAGCGCCCACGGGACAACAACAAGGUCAAGACCGUAUACUCGUAAAAGGGCCUCUAAUCGCCGUGUCCGAAACCUCUCCCCUGCCAGUGAUUGCACGUCGGAGUCGGGGAGUACGAGUGGUCGUUUCGAAGAGAUAUUUUAGGAUUUAAACUCGGAUCCUCGUUGUUUCAUCUUUUACUUCACGAAUGGUCUGCAUCAUAACUUCGGCUGCAGAGCCUUCAUAUACCCUAGGUUCGUCACGUACUGUAGUUUAGUCUGGUGUUCCGAGACGUUGUGGAUCCGUCGUUGUAUUGUUAGUAGUCACAUGUUGUAUCAUAGUAGUACUGGGAAGG